GUAUCUCCAGUCUAGUUCAUGGAAGAGGGCGUGGCCGAACCGGGACAGCAUCAUUCUGUGAUGGCUUUCAUGUGACCAAUCACAGCAAGAUGUUCCCACAUCUCAUGAACAUCGUACUUAUGUACUAGAGACCAGAACAUCGCCGAAACGAACGCAUCCGUUAAAAGAUCGGACUGAAAUCGGAGACCGAUCGACACCAUCAGCCUCAUAUUUGUCAACAGAGAUGAUGCGCUGGAUGUGAGUUGGCCACGCCCUCGAUGCGCAGCACUGACUCACUGUGACGGACAUCCAUUGACCAUUAUCAGACAACAACACGACAUCAGACAUGGGCGAAUCAGAGACGCGUCAGCGCUUGCUGCGCAACGUGAAGAAGGAGGUGAAACAGAUCAUGGAAGAGGCCGUGACCCGCAAGUUUGUGCAUGAGGACAGCAGUCACAUAUUUUCUUUCUGCGGUGUUGUGGAAGCCUGCGUGCUUCACGGACUAAAGCGGCGAGCCGCGGGGUUCCUGCGCAGUAACAAGCUGGCAUCUCUUUUCAUGAAGGUGGGGAAGAUGUUUCCUCCGGCUGAGGAACUCUGCAGAAAGGUCCAUGAGUUGGAACAGAUUAUCGAGAACAAACAAAACCAAGGUCAGAUGAGUCAGGAGAGUGUCAGAAAACAGUCCGGAUCGCCCAACCUGUCCCCUCUGGCUAUCAAACACCUUUGGAUUCGCACAGCGCUCACGGAAAAAGUGCUGGAUAAAAUCUUCCUUUACCUGGUGGAGAACAGCAGCAAAUUCUACGAAAGAGAGGCUCUGUUGAGAGACCCAGUCGAUGGUCCAAUUCUUGCAUCUUUGCUCGUUGGUCCCUGCGCUUUGGAGUACACAAAAGCAAAGACAGCCAAUCACUUCUGGACAGAUCCGUCGGCCGAUGAGUUGGUGCAAAGGCAUCGCAUUCACAGCGGUCACUGCCGACAGGACUCGCCCACUAAACGCCCAGCUCUCAUCCAGAAGAGGCAGUCGAGUGGCAGUAUGGAUGACAGACCUUCUCUUUGGGCUCGGGAUUAUGUCGAAUCUCUUCAUCAGAAUUCCAGAGCGACGCUGCUUUUUGGGAAGAAUAAUGUCCUGGUGCAGCCGACGGAUGAUAUGGAAUCAAUCCCAGGAUACCUCUCGCUCCAUCAAACCGCCGAUCUGAUGACGCUGAAGUGGACACCAAACCAGCUGAUGAACGGAAACACGGGCGAGUUGGAUUAUGAGAAAAGUGUGUAUUGGGAUUACGCAAUGACGAUUCGCCUGGAGGAGAUUGUGUAUUUGCACUGCCAUCAGCAAGUGGACAGCGGUGGCACGGUGGUUUUGGUGAGCCAGGAUGGGAUCCAGAGACCUCCGUUCCGGUUUCCAAAAGGCGGUCAUCUCCUGCAGUUCCUCACGUGUCUGGAAACAGGCCUUCUGCCUCAUGGCCAGUUAGAUCCUCCUCUGUGGUCUCAAAGAGGAAAGGGAAAGGUUUUCCCAAAACUGCGUAACAGGAGCCCGCACGGAUCCUGCGAGUCAUUCUCUGACAAAGAUGAAGACGAAGCAACCGAUUAUGUUUUCCGGAUCAUAUAUCCAAGCAGUCAGGAAUUUGUGGCACCAGAGUUGAUGGAUCAGAGUGUGAAUCUUUGGCAGCCCGUCCCCAGAAAAUCCUCCUGUUCCUCCUGCUCACAGAACGGCUCAUCGGAUGGAGGUCUUCCCAACGGAUGCAAUCACGAUAGGGCGCCGCUGAAGUUACUCUGCGAGACCAUGAAACAUCAGAUCAUUUCUCGUGCUUUCUACGGCUGGCUGGCGUACUGUCGUCAUCUGUCCACUGUCCGUACCCAUCUGUCAGCCCUGGUAAACCCAAACAUAGUUGAGCCUGACAUUCCCUAUGAUGCCAGAGGUGGGCUGUCGGCAGAAGUGUGGAAAACAUUUAUACAGGACAGUACUGCGUUCGAGGAAGAGGAGCUCCUGCGGCUGGUUUAUCAUGGCGGUGUGGAACCGUCUCUGCGUAAGGAGGUUUGGCCAUUCCUGUUAGGACACUACCACUUCACCAUGAACCCCAAAGAAAGGCAGGAGGUGGACGAGCAGGUCCGAGCCUGUUACGAGCAGACCAUGAGCGAGUGGUUGGGAUGUGAGGCCAUCGUGAGACAGCGUGAGAAAGAACAGCACGCCGCUGCUCUGGCUAAGUGUGCGUUGGGUGCCAGCGAAUUGCGGCAGGACUCCACCAUCAGCACCGAUUCUCAGAGCAGCUCAGAGAAACAGAGUCGUGCGUGUUCUCAGAGCGAAUCCAACAACAGCACUCAGCAGGUUUUUGGCUCGGUGGAUGAAGUCGACCCAAUUGAAUCUGAGCCGAAACCAAAAGAUGAGAAGCCACAGCCCAAGAUCCCAAACGGAACGAUUCCAAACUGCACCAGUUCUCCGGAUUCUGGCCAUCCGUCAUCUCGUAACUUCUCCGUGACGUCUGCCCUCUCAGACAGCUCUCCGUGCACAGAGGAGACGUCCGCGCCAGAGUCCGGUCCCAAAACAGCUCGAGAACCGCCGACAGCAGAACUUAAAUCUCACAUCCCCUCCGGUUCUGACCCGGAUGAGAAGCAGAGAGAAAACAGCUCGAGGGUUCAGGACGAAGCGAAAGAUGCUCUCAUCUCACCGACGAAGAAAUCAGAGGUGGAGCUGAGUAAACCUCAAACGUCUGAUGCUGAAACUCAACCGGCUGGAAGUGUAGAGAACACCAAAACAUCAUCUGAAGUAUGUGAAGCUGCGACAGGAUCAUCGCAUUCAGACGACGUUAAGGGAGAAAACCAAACCGAGGUCGAAGAGUGCGCACUACCCCAGGAAGAAAAAACUAAAUCUGAGGCCGAGACGGGAUUAGUUUUACAAGGAAAAGAAAACCAAGACGCAGAAGUGAUCAAUACACAGUCCUCACUGGAGGACAAAGACAAACCCAAAGCUUUGGAAGAACACGGAGCCUCCGGCUCAGAGAUGCAAACGUCGGCCGACGAUUCUGAACUUUCAUCAAAACCGACGGAUCUACACGCCAGCAACAUCACCACACCACAAUCUAUCGACUGGGAGUCCGAUCACAACAGAGCCAAAUCCAUCGUCAAACAGUUGACCGGAUCUGGAUCAGAAAGCUGCUGUCUCCUCACCUCGCUAUCCAAACAAUCUCCAGACAUGUCAGAUGACUCCCCGUCAGCUCUACAGAUGGAAGAGAUCGCGUCCUCUGUGGUCUUCAUGUCUUCAGAGAGCCACACAUCGAGGGUGCCCCUCAGCCUGAGCCGCCCCAUGGUCCCGUCCGGGGGGAUAUCGAUGGGAAUGCCGGCUUUGGAGCUCUGCACGGAUCCGGGCGUCAACACCAGCCCCGAGGAAACGGAAUCCGCGCUCUCUGAGGAGGAAGCGGAGAUGGAGAACUUGUUCCCCAAACCGGACUCUCUGGCAGUCACGGGGGAACACAAGAAUGAUGUCGCGUCUCCGGUGUCGUCUAUCGGGACCACUUACUCUCAGGAGCUGGUCGACCUGUACACACUGAAUCUCCACCGGAUUGAUAAAGACGUCCAGCGCUGCGACAGAAACUUCUGGUAUUUCACUCCGGCCAACUUGGAGAAACUGCGUAAUAUCAUGUGCAGUUACGUGUGGCAGCAUCUGGAUAUCGGAUACGUCCAGGGAAUGUGCGAUUUACUCGCACCGCUGCUGGUCAUCCUGGAUGACGAGUCCAAAGCGUUCAGCUGCUUCACUGAACUCAUGAAGAGAAUGAACCAGAACUUUCCUCACGGAGGAGCCAUGGACACACACUUCGCAAACAUGCGCUCCCUGAUACAGAUUCUGGACUCUGAGCUGUUUGAGCUCAUGCAGCAGAAUGGAGACUACACACACUUUUACUUCUGCUAUCGCUGGUUUCUCUUAGACUUCAAGAGAGAAAUGGUCUAUGAUGACGUGUUCUCUGUGUGGGAGACCAUCUGGGCGGCGCGUUACGCCUCCUCUGAGCACUUUGUACUGUUCAUCGCUCUGGCAUUGGUCGAGCUGUAUCGAGACAUCAUCCUGGAGAACAACAUGGAUUUCACAGACAUCAUCAAGUUCUUCAAUGAAAUGGCCGAGCAUCAUGACGUCCCGAAGGUUCUGGUGAUGGCUCGAGAAUUAGUCCACAAGGUCCAGAUCCUUAUUGAGAAUAAAUGAACGCUUUCCCGUGUCGCCCUUCCGUGAUGCAAUGUUAAAAAACUUUCAUUUUCCGUCAUUGAAACAAAACUCGAUUGAAAUAGAUGAGAUGUUGUUUACGUCUGUUCUCAGUAAGCGCAGGGUAAAAAAAGAGAUGUUAUUUAAAAAUACAUGGAGAAUAGUUUUAUAAGGUUGUGAAUGUUACAGAUGGCUAUAAAUAUUUCAAAAAGAUUAUCUAUGAAAGUCAGUUUAUGUGACCAAAUGCGAAAACACACCCUUUCUGAUGCACAUUUAGAUCGAUUUCGAUCUAAAAGCACAAAGUAUUGAAAAUAAUGCUGUAUAUUGAUUUAUUUUUUAAAUACGCGGAAAUUAGAGAGGGUUGAUAAUCAGUCACAAUCAUUUUGGUGAAGGUUUAAAGUUCAAGUCACGAUGUUUGCACGAAAGCUUCGUCUGCGAAAUCAGACAGUAAAUGUUGUCAGAUCAGCAUUGACUAAAAACACUAUGUAAAGUAAAUGAAGCUUAAUGUUAGAACAGUUUAGACUUUUGCAUUUCAACAUGAUUUUCAUGAUCAUUUCGUUGCGUCAUAUGCACAAAUCUUAAUUGUUUUCUUCAAAAGCUUCAUUCAGGACAGCUCACCCAAAAAGUUCAUCAUUUAUAAACCCUCAUGUCAUGUCCAACCUGUAUGACUUUCUUUCGUCUGCAGAACACAAAAGAAAUUAUUUAAUAGAACGUUGGUAACCAACCGACAUCGAGCCCCAUUGACCUUCAUUGUAUAAACACUUCUCAUUUCGUAAAAUAUCUUCUGUGUUUUGGUUUUGAAUGACUUCGGGGUGGAUAUAUGAUGACAGAAUUUUUGCUUUUGUCUUUGAACUAUCCUUUUAAACGUUCUUUUAUUUUUGGUAUGACAGGGAUGUCAUGAGAUAAACACAUUAACUGUAUCAAUCAGACUUUCACGAAUACGUUGAGCUGCUAUACAAUGAAGUACCUCACUCAGUGAAGCAACUUUACUGUAAAAAAAUCAAUCACCAGAGAUACUUUCAUGUGUAUUGAUCUUUUUGCCUUACGUUUCUCUGUUCAGGGACGCAUGCGGUGGCCGCUUGUGUCACAAAGCCAUUUGGUGUGUGUAUGUGUGUGAUGAAGAGUUUUAAUUUGUAACAAAUAUUCAUAUAUAUCUGAUGUAUGCUAUAUAGGUGUGUGUGCGAGAGGUCUGGACAGAUGUGCUCUGAACUACCAGCAGCCAAACAUGUAUGGUUGUUCCAUACUUUUAGCACUUGUUGGAUUUGAUGUGAUUGUGGUAACCUGCUGAAACAGUAAUUCCGACUGAAUGUUUAAAGUGCCAGUGUAAGCAAAACUAAUUUUCCCCUUCUGAUAUGCCAAUUUCAUCUCUUUAUCCGUUCUCUUUGUGUGAAUUGCUGUUUUAAGCUCUGUAUCAUUAGCUUAGAUUGAAUGAUACCGUAUGUAGGUCACAAUAUUACAAUAUGUAAACAUGUUUGCCGUGUGCAUUGUAAAAAAAAAACAUGAUGAUGAUAAAUGUAUUUGGCUCACAGCCACAGUGACACGAACUGCUGACACAAAAGAUUUGUUGAAUUUAUUCUGGAAACCUAUAUAUUUUUUAUUGUACUCUGUGAAGCGACAUAGUAUACUGUCAGAACUGCGUGCUGCAUAUGAUAUAAUCUGUAUUAUAACAUUUAAUAAAUGUGUGUGUUGAA